CUAUUAGUAAUACUGGACAGCGUUUGAGCGCACCAAGGAUCUCUCUCCAUCUAGAAAAGCUAGAGUAGAUAAUAUUUUUGCGUCUUCCUUCAAGGCAGAUUGAGUUCCUGCUCAUUCUUAAGGCUUACGUUCCAACGCCUUUGCUGACGGUCUCUUGAUAGCUGAACCCAGGUGAAGACGCCGCAGAUGGCAGCAAAGGCCCGAAAGUGGGCUCUGGAUUUUGGUGACACAGGCCCGUCCAGUAGCAGAUCAGCUCCAGAGCCCCUGGGAUACAACAGGCAGCAUGCUAUUGAACCAGCGGAAGAUUCAAGUGCGGUGGGAAAGAAGGACAAGAAUGCACCCGACAUGUUCAAACUAACGAAAGCGUGGGAGGUUGCGGGGUCGCCCCUGAAGCAGAUUGGCAUGAUGGCGUUCAUGAUGUGGAUGAGCGGCAGCACGGUGCAGAUCUUCAGCAUCAUGAUGACCUUCACCGGCAUCUGGCAGCCCAUGCAGGCCAUCCGGGGCUCUGCGCAGAUCUUUCUCCCGUUCAAGGACGCGAGAACGGACGUUCUGCUCCCCCGGCUAGCGUUCUGUGGGCUGCAGCUCCUAGGAAUGGGGAUCGCUUUGUGGAAGUUGAACUCGUUGGGCCUGUUGCCCACGAGCGCAUCGGAUUGGACUUCAUCGCUCGCUGUUCCUCCGAAUGCCGAAUUUUCAGGCGGUGGCUUCCCCUUGUCUUAGCAGGACUUCGCUCAAACAGCAGGCACAUGCAAGCCAGCUGCUUUGCGCCCUUUUGCUUGAGCACGCGUAUCAAAUAUUGGCAACUCUUCUCAGCACAUCCUAAGCGUUGAUUAUGUGCCUCCGCAUGCCGGCGUUGUUGCCAUUUGCAGUACCUUUCAUAAAAGUACCCGCUUUUCUAAUAGAGCAGAAGUUACUGUCAAGUGCACAUGGCGGCCCUGGAUGAAGUAGAUAUGCCUCGCCUAUGGAGGUUGAGUGCAC